AUUGUAGGUAAAUAACAAUGCAUAAAGCAUUUUUCGAUAGGCGCCUUCGAUACAAAAUGGCGGCACACAUAGAACAUUGUUUAACGUCAACGCUAUCGUUAUAUUUGUUAAAUGCGUAACUGUUAAACAUUUGUAGAUUGACAGUAAGCAAUUUUGGAAUCUAUUGGACUUUCAAGAGUUGUUUAAGGAAGUAGUGUUGGAUAAUCUAACCUAGUAUAACUCUAGUAAACAUAUAUAUGGUGCCACUUUAAUAAUGUUGUCUGUACUCUAAAGUUUUUAUAUUGCAAAUACGUGUGUAUUUCACAUCGAUACGUUAACAAAGAAGUACUUCAAAUUAUAAUUUGAGAAAAUGCAUACAUCUGGAGACUUCAAACUUCAUGGUGGUGACAGUGCGUUUGCAAAUAGACAAAAGCUUCUGUUUGAUAAGCUGUCAGAUGCAGAGCAGGAGUGCAACAAGAAUAAAAUGACGACUGAGUCCACAGAUGUAGACAUGGCUAUUGAUGAGUCAAACAAAACUAAAAGUAUAAGAACUGGCCUGCAACGUAAAAAUGAAACAAAAAGAUUUCGUGGUAAAGAGAGUAUUUUCAAACGACCAGAAGGUCCAGCACCACGUGCUGUUAAUAGAAGUGUACCUGACUAUCACAAGCAUCCUCAUAAAUGGAUGAAAUACAGUUUGGAUGAUGUAUCCAAUGAUGAUAUGACGGAACAAAGCAAUACAACAGCUGCUUUAUCGUUUUUAAACGAAUUGAAAGCAAGAAGGUCAAUGGAACAGAUCGAAGGAACAGAAGAGAUGGACUACGAUGAAAUUUCUAUGAUUGAUCAGAGUCAUGAUCAGACUAAGGUAGCAUGUAAAUCUAAGAAAGUUCAAGCAAGAAAGUCAGUGGAAGCAGAAGAGAUGGAUGUAGAUAAUACAACCUUGGAUGAACACAAUGAAACUAAGACAGUAAUCAAACCCAGGAAAAUUAAAGCAACAUCAGAGAUUGAAUUUAAAAAACCUGAAAGUGACACAGAGAAAACAGAGAAUGCACCAAUUAUUAUUGAUCACGACGACAAACCUACAUUUAGGAGUAGUAAAGUUAUUAUGCCAGAAUAUAUUGUUGGUCAAAAACAGAAGAAGAAGAAGAGAAACAAGAAGGAAAAACUUGUAGAAAAAGUGGAUCGUUUAAAGCAACUGAAAUUGGAUCACUUGGAAGAACUCGAUGAAGAAGAAAAUUGAAUAUAUGCUCUAUAUUGUGAAUAUACUAUUAGCUUAGUUAAUUGCUCUACGAUACAAAUAUAUCAUAUAUUUCAUUCUA